AGAGGGCAGCAAACAACAACAGCAACAACAAAUCCAUUCCUCUUCUCUUUCUCUCUCUCUCUCUCUCUCUCUCUCUCUCUCUCUCUCCUCAACCUCCAAAACUUUGCUACAAAGAGAGGAAAACAAAAGGGAUUGAUUUGUUUAUGUUUUUUUCUUUUUUGUUUUCCCAUUCCUUAUUGUUUGUGAAGUUAAGCCGAUUGUUUGCUUUCCGGGAAAAUUUUAUUCCUCAAAUUGAACUGCACUUUCUUGGGAAAAUUCUUACAGCUGCCAAAGUUCAUCUAUCAUUCUGCUACCUUCUUCUUAAACCCAACUCUUGUCUUGUCUCAUGAUACUACUUUGGUUGCUUUUAACUGAAGAUGAAGAUUGAGAUAGGCAUGGGAGGAGGUGGGGCAUGGAAUGAUGAAGACAGGGCUAUGGUUGCAACUGUUUUGGGUACAAAAGCUUUUGAAUACUUGGUAUCAAACUCAGUCUCAAAUGAGAGUCUUUUAAUGGCUAUAGGCAGUGAUGAGAAUUUGCAAAAUAAGCUCUCGGAUCUAGUAGACCGCCCAAAUGCUUCAAAUUUCAGUUGGAAUUAUGCAAUUUUUUGGCAGAUUUCGUGCUCAAAGUCUGGUGAUUGGGUUCUUGGUUGGGGAGAUGGUUCGUGCCGGGAGCCCAGAGAAGGGGAAGAAUUUGAAGCAACCAGAAUUCUCAAUCUACGCCUUGAGGAUGAGACUCAACAGCGGAUGAGAAAAAGAGUUCUUCAGAAUCUGCAUACAUUGUCUGGUGAAUCAGAUGAGGAUAAUUAUGCUUUAGGAUUGGACAGGGUCACUGAUACUGAGAUGUUCUUUUUAGCAUCUAUGUAUUUCUCUUUUCCUCGUGGAGAAGGCGGUCCGGGUAAAUGUCUUGCUUCUGGGAAGCAUGUUUGGAUCCCUGAUGCCUUCAAGUCAGGCUCUGAUUAUUGUGUUAGGUCUUUUCUUGCAAAAUCUGCUGGGAUUAAGACUAUUGUGUUGGUGGCUACUGAUGUUGGUGUUGUUGAAUUGGGGUCUGUGAGAUCUCUACCUGAGAGUUUUGAGAUGGUUCAGUCAAUAAGGUCAACCUUUUCGACUCAUAAUUCCGUUAAACCAUUGGUAUCAGUAGCACCACCAGCACCGGCCUUGCCAGCGGUCAACGAGAAGAAGGGUGAGAUUUCACUUUUUUCAAAUGUGGGGAUUGUGGAAAGGGUUGAAGGAAUUCCAAAAAUCUUUGGGCAGGAUUUGAACAAUUCAGCUCAUGGCCAUGGACAUGGUUUUAGGGAGAAGUUAGCAGUUAGAAAGAUGGAAGAAAGGCCUCCAUGGGAUGUUUAUCAAAAUGGUAAUAGACUUUCAUUUCCUGGUACUCGAAAUGGCCUUCAUGGUUCAAGUUGGGCACAUAGUUUUAGUUUGAAACAAGGGACCCCGGCAGAGGUUUAUGGUUCGCAAGCCACAACAAACAAUCUGCAAGAGCUUGUUAAUGGGGUUAGGGAAGAUUAUAGGCUAAAGAACUAUCCGCCACAGAAGCAGGUGCAAAUGCAAAUUGAUUUUUCAGGGCCGUCUGUGAUUGGCCGGCCUGUUAAUGUGGAAUCAGAGCACUCAGAUGUUGAAGUUCCAAGUAAAGAGGAGGGGCCUGGAAACAGUGAUGAUAGGAGGCCUCGCAAAAGAGGCCGGAAACCAGCAAAUGGAAGAGAAGAACCACUCAAUCAUGUUGAGGCAGAAAGGCAGCGGCGAGAGAAGCUAAACCAGCGGUUUUAUGCUUUACGAGCUGUUGUUCCUAAUAUUUCCAAGAUGGACAAGGCUUCCUUGUUGGGGGAUGCUAUUGCGUAUAUCAAUGAGCUUCAAGCAAAGCUCAAGUCGAUGGAAGCAGAGAGGGAGAAGUUUGGGAGCAGUUCAAGAGAUGCAUCAGGUUUGGAGGCCAAUACAAAUGCAAAAAAUCAGAGCCAAGCUCCUGAAGUUGAUAUUCAGGCGUCCCAUGAUGAGGUCAUUGUAAGGGUGAGUUGCCCUUUGGAUUUACAUCCUGCUUCGAGAGUGAUCCAAGCUUUCAAAGAGUCACAGAUCACUGUACUAGACUCGAAACUCACUGCAGCAAAUGACACAGUGUUCCACACGUUUGUGAUAAAGUCUCAAGGGUCAGAUCAACUGACAAAGGAAAAGCUGAUGGCAGUAUUUUCUCAUGAAUCCAACUCAUUACAGCAAUUAUCAUCAGUUGGGUAGCAGCAAUCGCAAUUUAACUUAAUAGUCGAUAGACGAAUUCGUAGCGAAGAACCCUUUUGAAAAGCUUCUUCAGAGUUUUGAUACAUGGGAGGCAACAUUCAAGAAGCCAAACUAGAAGUAGAAAAAUAACCACCUAUUAACUAAGUAGGUCAGCCCAAUUUUCUGUGAUUGUUUAUAGUAUACAUAUAUUCUGUGAUGAGGAAGUAUUCUUGCAAGAUGGAAUUAAAUUUGUCAAGUUUUAACCAACUUUACCAUUGUUGGUUAUUAAGAACCCAUAUAUUUGUUUUGUUCUUUA